GCCGAAGAACAGAAGGAACUGUAAAGUGUUGCUAGAGUUUGUUGAAGCCACACCACGGUGUUUCCUGAUUGAUCAUGUUAAAAAAUAAGGAUUGUUCAUCUAAAAAGGGUAACUUAGCAGUCAAUGCAGUUGCCUUACAGGACCACAUUUUACAUGAUCUUCAACUUGGACAUCUCUCAGUAGCAGACCCUUGUAAGACAAAAGUGAAAAAGAAUGAGAACAAGUCAAAAUCUCUGAAGAGAGACAUAACAGCCAUAAUAGAUACUGGGAUUAGAAAAACUAUAGAGGGCCCCAAAGUGGAAGAUCCAGAAAAGGAAUAUGUUCUAGAUCCCACGCCACCACCGCUAACUUUAGCCCAAAAACUGGGCCUCUUGCCACCUCCCCCAUUGCCACUGUCAUCAGAUGAAUGGGAGAGGGUGAAGCAGAGAUCCCUCCUGCAAGGGGACUCCAUGCAGCCAUGUCCAAUAUGUAAAGAAGAAUUUGAGCUCCAGCCCCAGGUGCUGCUUUCCUGCUCACAUGUAUUCCACAAGGCAUGCCUUCAGGCUUUUGAAAAGUUCACAAAUAAAAAAACCUGUCCCCUCUGUAGAAAGAACCAAUAUCAAACCAGAGUGAUACAUGAUGGGUCCCGCCUGUUCAGAGUAAAGUGUGCCACCAGAAUCCAAGCCUACUGGAGAGGGUAUGUCGUUAGAAAGUGGUAUAGAAACCUGAGGAAAAUAGUCCCUCCUACAGAUGCCAAGUUAAGAAGAAAGUUCUUUGAGGAAAAGUUCACAGAAAUCAGCCACCGAAUCCUAUGCUCCUACAACACCAACAUAGAUGAACUCUUCUCAGAAAUCGACCUCUGCUUGGCUGUAAAUCGUAGCAUUCUUCAGCAGUUAGAUGAAAGGUGUGGCCAUGAGAUCACUGAGGAGGACUGGGAGAAAAUCCAAGUGCAGGCUGCUCACAGGGAGAUCUAUGAGUGUUCCAUCUGCCUGACUCCUCUCUCCCUCCAUGGUGACUGCCGGCAAGCAGCUGUAGGAGCCAGCAGCCAGCGUCCCCGUGAGACAGUCCUCCUGUCCUGUGCCCACCUGUUCCACCAUGCCUGCCUCCUGGCCCUGGAGGAGUUUUCACUGGGAGACAAUGCCCCUUUCCAUGCCUGUCCUCUCUGCCGCUCCUGCUACCAAAAGAAAAUUCUUGAAUGCUGAAUUCAUGUUCAGGAAGUUAAGACUAGAACAAGAAAGGGGCUAA